AUGGCGCGCCGCUAUGACAGCCGAACGACCAUAUUCAGCCCUGAGGGGCGGCUGUACCAGGUCGAAUAUGCGAUGGAGGCGAUCUCAAAUGCGGGCGCCGCGAUCGGCUGCCUAGCGAGCGACGGAGUGGUCCUUAUCGCGGAGAAGAAGAUCACAUCAAAG